GUUUUGACAUUUUACAUGUUGCGUAUACAUUGCUUCCAAAUGUGCAAUCUGGAUCAGAUCGGAAUUAAAACUGUUUUGACAUUUUUUUCACAAAUUUCAUUCGUGACACAAUUUACCUCCCUAAAUUUGAUCAUUUUGAUGACGUCAUUUUCCAUGUUGCGUUUACAUUGCUUGAUCUGAAACAGAUCUGAAUUUUAAUUUUUGUCCUGAAUUACAUCAUCUUUUAAUGAUGUCAUCAUUGUGCAGAUUCUCAUCAGAAUUUUAAAUUGCUUCCUAAUGUGCAAGCAGGAUCAGAUCUGGAUUAUAUUUGAUCUAAAAAAAAAAAAAGACACAUAAAACUCUUAAAUCCAUUGGUUUGUGACCUUUUGCAACAGCAUGAUGCAACACCAGAGCAUUUAUAUCAUAAUCCGUAUUGUCAGUCGUCGUCAUCAUCGACCAAGUGAACAAAGUGGCUAAGAAGGAAAUCAAGCCUGACCCGGAAAUACCGGUCUGAUGCUGCAAGAUUCAGUAUCGAUCCGAAGUUUUCAGGACUUCGAUCAAAGUGCGAAUUCUCGCCACCAUGCCGUGUUUUCAAGCAAAUUGUUAUGGCUGUCAGUAUCGACACUGGGGAGGGGGAGGGGGGGGCGCCUGUUAUUGAGACCUGUAUCGACCCGCCCGCUUGGAAGUCACUCCUGCCUCAGUGAGCUGCGGGAGUCCGCGCAGCACAGACUUGCAGAGUGGACCUCGUCGGGAACUCCACACUGGACCCGUUCGACACCCGCCACCGCUUUCCACUCGUCCUUAUCCCGGAGGAUUUUGCACCCGGGGAGGUGAACCGGCGGGAUUGUCGGGUCGGAUGAAGUCUCCCCAGUCGCGGGCAGCCGCUGAGCGGUCGGAGCCGAGUGCGUGAUCGACAUGUUGAGCGCGCGCACGGCGCAUUUGAGCCACGCGGAAUACCUGCAACCGCUCACGGCCGCCCCUGUCACCAUCGAGCUGGAUGCUAAGAAGAGUCCGCUGGCUCUGCUGGCCCAAACAUGCUCGCAGAUCGGAAAGGCGGACCCUCCGGCCUCCUCCAAGGAAAGCACUACUCGCUCUGGCUUGAAGCGGGGAGAACAGCGCCCCUCCUCGGCAUACGAGUGCAGUUUCAAGCCCUACCACAAAGGGGGCGGGGCUGCCUACAGAGGCGGUGGCAAUGAAGUGAGCAGGAGCAUCUUGUCGAAUGAUGUGGAAUUAAGGGUCCUCAGCAGCAUUCGCGGGAACACCGCCAAUGCGGCGUCCUACGCGGCCCACCCGUUCUCGCCGAGCUGCGGUGAGCAGGGAUCCAGUCAACAGUCGGGUGGCGUGCCGCCCAACCCGCUGGGCUACUCGCCAGAUAGCGAGCAUGAGACUGAAAGCCCGGGCAGCACGAGUAGCGGCUGUGGUGGGGGCGGUGGACAGUCCAAAAAAGACAUUGACGCAAGCAGGCCGACCUCGGAGGGUCCUCGCCUCGCCAACUCUGCCCACGCCCGAGCUAGCGCCAACUGCAUCACGGGCUCCGACAGUGACAAAGCAGAGUCCGGCCCGGGACGCCUUAGGCCAAUUUCUCCCUACAAGGCGGCUCACCCUCUCUUCCCCGUGCUCCCGUCUAACGUGGUCUACCAUGGCUCGGUGGUGGGCGCCCAUGCCGGCUACCCGUCUCCGUUGAUUCCCAAGCACCCCAUCUCCAGCCCUCUCACGGGGGCCUCGCCACCGUCUUUCAUGCAGGGCAUGUGCCGGGACCCCUACUGCCUCAGCUGCCCGAGUGUGCCCCACAUGAGCAGUAACCCCUGCAUCCACGAGCCCUCCAGCUUCAAGUCCAGCUUCCCAUUGGUGUAUGCCCCUCACCCGACGCACCCCCUCUAUUCCUGCAUACUCCCGAGCGACCUCCUCCCCCACACAUGCAACUGGGAGUCAGCCAGGGGUCCGUGCGACAAGCGCUUCACCGCCUCCAACGAGCUGCUGGCUCACCUCCGGGCGCACGCUGCACUUGCCGUCGAGGCGGACCCCAAGGCGCCGUCCUCGGGACCCGCUUUUUGUCACUUGCACCUGCCCCACAUGAGCAGUCCGGUAGGCUCUCUCCGAGCGCCGCACAGUCUGGCAUUCCCUCGCUAUCAACCCUACAGUAAUAAAGUCUAUUUGCCGCCUGGACCCUCUGCCGUCUCCUUGCACUCUCUGCCCGCCACAGGCCCAUACUACCCGCACUACGCGUUCUACAACCAAAGACUGGGACCCGCAUCCACUAUGGGCUACCAAUGACGCCUCCAUGUAGGGACUCUGCCACUUUUUUUUUCUGCCUCGUUGGCUAAUGAAAUCCAUGUAUACAACUUCAACACUUGGGCCCCCAAUGCAAUUGGAAUGUAACAGCAAAAAGUGAAAAUAAAUCCUUGUACUUUCACACCUUUUA